GUCCUAUUUCCAUCAAGCAUUGUGCAGCCCCUUGUGGUAUGUAUUAUUCUUGUGUUCAUUCCAUUUCUAAAAGAGGAAAUACAGGAACAUGUAGCAAACCCAAAGGGUGAAACUUCUGACUGCGGUUAAUUGCGACAAGUUGGUGACAGUGAGAUCAAGGAAAAUUCCACUUGCAGACAGGCUCUUUUUCUUGCUUGUAGAUGGUAACGGGGCUUUUCUGGUUUGUUUUCUGCUCUUUGUAAUCUUGGCUGUUGUCACAGAAAUUAUCUUUCAUGAGAAUCUUUUCUACAAGUUCCUAAAUGCAGACGUGCUUUCUUGAGACGUAGCUCCUAACACACUGAGACUGGGCAACGCCAGAGUCUCUCCCUCCUGCCGUGGUUAUCUGUAUUGCUCCAAGUGAUGUGAAUGACAGCAAUGGAUAAAAACGUGACAAUCGACAGAACUGCAAAGAAUACCUUGGCAAAGGCGCUUUAUGACAACAAGGCAGAGUGCUCGGAUGAGCUGGCUUUCCGCAAAGGAGACAUCCUGACAGUUCUGGACCAAAACGUCAUUGGCAGCGAGGGCUGGUGGAGAUGCUCCCUCCACGGCAGGCAGGGCCUGGCCCCCGCUAACCGCCUGCAGCUACUCACUGCCUCGCAGGCUGCCCUGCUGCCUCCUUCCACCCGGAGCGGCACCUCAGAGUCACCACGCGGCCAGCAAAACAUCUACCAGGUUCCCUUCGUCCCCAAGCCCACCGUGCUGUCGUCUACCUAUGAAAAGAUGGAGGGGUGGGUUAAAUCUCCGUCGAGGACCUCCACCCUACCUGCCCAAGCAAUAUAUCAGGUACCAGCCUUGGCUGCACAGCUGCUCAGUGAAAGGACACAAAGCUCAACAAGCCAGCAUCUGUUUACUCUCCCAAGAGCGUGCCGGGCUUCAGUCCCAAAUAUCAGGAGUGAGGUAUAUGAUGUUCCAUCCACACAGCGCCGGGAGUCCUUGCUCAUGCAGAGUGGUGCCACUCUGCCCCCCGCACGAAAGGGCUCUGUGCCAGUCAGAUCCACCGAGUGUUUCCAGGAGGAGCAGAAGCAGCUUUACAACAUCCUGUCCAGCCCAGAAAAGGCAGGAGGUGUUACCCAGAAAGACUCACCAGUGGGCAACUUAUAUGAUGUCCCUCCCAAAAGAGAAAGUGAUGUUUCAGAAAAUGAAUCUCAGAAAAAGUGCUGGGGCCAUUACAAUACUUUGCCAAAUCCUCGGAAGUCAGAAUGGAUUUAUGAUAUUCCAGUAUCACCUGAAAACAUAGGAUUAAAACAAAACCCUUCUGGCCACUCCCUGGAGAACCAGGUGCUGUAUGACAUACCACCAGCCAGGUACAAGGCGCUAACAACAAAUACUGAAGCCAAAGUUGUAAAUCCACAGUUAUAUAAUAUUCCACCAACACAACGGAAAUUAACAUUUCCAGAUAUCCAUCUUUAUGAUGUUCCAUCCUCACGGGACGUGCUCCUUUUGCCACAAAACGGUAGCUGUGAUGUUCCCCCAGUUCUCCUGGCUCCAAAGGCUGAGAAUCAGAUCUCUGAAGAGAACGUUUACGAUAUUCCAAAAAGUCUGCCCACUGCUGUGGAGUCCAAGAAAGAGCUGGAAAAAAGCAGCGAUAGUUCUGGAGACCAAGCAUACAGUGCUCCUCCACAGCUUUCAAGAGAUGCUAAAUUAGAACAAGACAGAUUAUCUGUUUCUAGUGUGGACAGCAGAACCAGCACAGUCUCUACAUCCUCAAACUCUUCUGGUGAGUCUUUUUCUAUCUCAUCAUCAGAAGAGCCUGCCAAAGAAAUUAAACUGGACCUCGAGGUAGCCAUAGAGACCCUGACUAGAUUGCAGCACAGUGUAUCCAGCUCAGUUGCAAGUUUAAUGAUCUUUGUGAGUAGUAAAUGGAGGUUACAAGAACAUCUAGAGAAAAGCAUUGAGGAAAUCCAUAGAGCAGUCGAUCAUGUAAAAGUAUCGCUGGGAGAAUUCUUGGCCUUUGCUCAACUUGUAAAAGUAAAUGCCUCUUACCUCACUGAUAACAAACUUCAGACCAGAAUUAAAAAACAGCUAGAAAUUCUUACAAACUCCUUCAAAAUUUUAACAGAAACAAGAGAAGCUCUAAACAACUGCAACUGGUCACUAGAGGCUUUGGUCCUCAGGAAACCUCAGAACAACCCAGAUGAUCUUGAUCGCUUUGUUAUGGUAGCCCGCACGAUUCCAGAUGAUAUCAAGAGGUUUGUAUCCAUCAUCAUUGCCAAUGGAAAGCUCCUCUUCAGCAAGAAUGAGAAGGAACAAGAAAUGAAACAAUCAAAAGCAAUCCCAGAAUACAAAAUGGCAAAACAAAUCACAGUGCCAAGAAGAACAGAAAUUGAUUCCCUUCAAACAAAUACUCCUGAUAAAUCCAACCAAAGUCAGGUCUCUUCUGAGAAGCCAAAAGAAAACGCCACUGAGGACUGUGAUUAUGUUCAGUUACAGGCACAGAAAAUCAUUUCAGGUAAAGAAGUAGCAAAGAAGAGUACAGAUUCGAAACCAAAGGUUUUGCCAUCUGCAAAGAAGACUGUGAUUCAAAGCAAGCAGGACUCUGGAAAGAAAAUAGCUCUCCCCGAGCACUGCAGGCUGUGUUUCAGUGCACUUCACAAAGCAAUUGGUGUAUUUACUAUGAGUCUGAACAACAAUCAGCCACCCGAAGUUUUCAUAUCCCACAGCAAAUUGAUCAUUAUGGUGGGACAAAAGUUAGUGGAUUCUCUGUGCCAGGAGACUCAAGACAGGGAUGCUCGGAACGACGUUCUCCACAGCAGCAGCCGAUUCUGCAGCCUCUUGAAGAAUCUGGCUCUCGCCACUAAAAAUGCUGCAAUACAAUAUCCAAAUGCAGAUGCCAUGAGGGAACUUCAGGACCAAACUGAGGAGCUGUCUAAAUACACACAGCAGUUUAGAGCAAUGAUGGAGUGAAAUACACUGCUGUUUUUACAGAUUCUCCAUUGUUGCUGCUUCUCUGGCAUGUGGCAGCCAAGGCAGGCAAAAGCAGCUCAAUGACACUAACUUUCAGUCACCUCUAAGAACUCCUGCCGGGCAGUUCCCUGGGUGCUGGUGCACUUUUAGCAGGUGGAGAUCCACACAGCAGCAGAUGCAGAUGAUUUGUAGAAUUAAAUCUGUAUUUUCUUCACCAUUGUUCAGAUCCUGCCUGAAAAUGUCAUCUUAGUGGCUGGGCAGGAACGUUUGUUGUGUAUUAGAGCAAAAUUAUUUUAUCAUCUGGCUGAUUUCUUAUUUUUUAAUUUCUAUAUAGGUCAGAUAAAUAUUUUUUCCUUUUUUUUUUAUUUUCUUAUUCAGGUACGUAAAGUCUCUUUUUAAAUUUGCUGCACAAUGUUCUGUUAUUUAUAAUAUCCCAUCAUCGUUUCCUGAAGACUUUACUCACUAUCUCUAAUUACAAUAAUUUUUUU